ACAAUCAAAAUGUUGAUAUUGCGAUCCAAUGCAGUGGAAAAGACAAAAGAUGAGAUACGUAAAUUCCCCAGGCUAUUCCUCUCGUCUCAUGAGACUUAGGACAACUAUUGCUCUUCUCCUUCUGUUCCACCAAACAGCUAGUUCAGACACAUUUUUUCGGCAAGUUCUCAAAACUCAAGAGUUCUCGAAAUGAAGUGUUUUGUAACAUAGGAAAUCAUUAAUCGACACAGAGGUCGACAAGGCAGGCUGAGAAACACUUCACGUCUCUAAAUAACUCCUUAAUUGCAGAGAACGGUGCAGACUGACAUUUAAACUGUGUGAAGUGAGUAGGAUUCUCCUCUAACAACUGUCUGGUCUCUCUUUCAGAAUGCAUGGACAGAAGCAGUGGACACGGGUGGCCGUGAUGGCGCUCCUGGUGCUAACGGUGAUGGCAGCUGAAGGAGGCAAAGUAGAAAAACAAGGAAAGAAGGAGCGCAAGUCAGACUGUGGGGAGUGGCAGUGGAGUGUGUGUGUCGCCAAUGAGGGGGACUGCGGACUCGGCACCAGGGAGGGAACACGCACCGGCACCGACUGCAAGCAGACCAUCAAGACCCAACGCUGCAAGAUCCCCUGCAACUGGAAGAAGAAGUUUGGAGGGGAAUGCAAGUACGACUUCCAGGCUUGGGGGGAGUGCGAUCUGGCGACGGGAAAGAAGAACAGGACAGGUGUGCUGAAGCGAGCGCUCAUGGAUGCGACUUGCGCAACCACUGUCACAGCCACCAAGCCCUGUGGGAAAAUCCCCAAGACCAAGCUGCAAGAUGCAAAGAAGCAAAAGAAAGACGGCAAGAAGCGAGAGCGCACCCAAAUGGACUGAUGCAGUUGUUUGUCCUAGGGAGGAAGAAGAGGGUGGAAAGACGUCCACUGCCCUAUUUCAACAUGGUUCCUCUGUGUAUGUCCUGUAGGUUGACAGUAGGAGCCUAGAGCUUUGACAAAACCAGUGGAAAUAUGACUUAUAGUGACGUGUUUUACUUUUUCUUCUUUCUAGCACCUGAUAAGAAACUUGUAUGUUGCGAUAGGAGAUAAAAUACUCAGCGGCACGAAUAGCUAAUGACUAUUUGUUUACUAGUGUUUUCACAUAAUGAUGUUAUUUCUAGGAUUAUUUUCUGAAAAACAAAUUGGAUAGGAUUUGUCUUACAAUUGCAUAGCCUAACUCUAAUUUGGAAAACUCUUUGGUCCAUGCCCUGACUUAAUGAAGCAGUUCGCUAAAAGUGAAGCUCUAAACAUCUUUGCUUAAUUAACUUGAGCAAAAAAAGUCAUGCAUUUGCAAAUUUUGAAGUGGCUCAAGUUAAUUGUAACUCUUUCCUCUGAUCAUUUUGUGGUUUAUGAUAUUUUUUCUUUUAUUUCCAAUAACAAUAAACAUAAGUUAGUUCUGUCUGGAGGCUGCAUGAAAUAGCUACUGUACAUGUGUGCAAAAUGUAACUGUUAGUUUGUUUUCCUCCUGCUGCUCUUUUGUACCUCAAUUUAUACCCUCUGGUUUUUACUCUCCAUGCAGCUCCUGGCUGUAAAAAUAUAUAAAGUCCUCACUAUUUAGUCCUCAG